AUGGGGUCGCACGACCUCCAUUAUCUUAGUACCGUCCACGACAGGGCUCAUCAUCCAGCCUCGAAGGACCCCUUCUCAGUCCUGUCCUUGGAAGCAAAGAAGAACACCGUCCUUGUCUCGCAUGGUCGUCCUCCAUGGUAUGGUGAAGAUGGAAAAAAGUUGUGCGAUGCUUUUGUCAUUGGUAUUGCUGGCGGUUCUGCCAGCGGAAAGACCCAUGUCGCUAGACAAAUUGUCCGUACUCUGGGGAACAUACCCAGCAUUGUCAUUGUCUCCCAAGAUAGUUUCUACAAGCGACAUACUCCUGAGGAGAUUGCUCUCGCCAACGCCAGCAUGUUCGACUUUGAUCACCCGGACGCAAUAGAUAUGCCCAUGUUCGCAUCUUGCCUGGCUGACUUGAAGGCCUGCAAGCAAUCCAACAUUCCUGUGUACUCUUUUUCUGAGCACCAACGCCUCGAGGAAACGAAAUACCUGUAUGGCGCAGCAAUCAUAAUUGCGGAAGGCAUUAUGGCACUCCACGACCCUGCACUACGCGAGUUAUAUGAUUUGAAAGUAUUCGUGCAAUGCGAUUCCGAUCUCAUGCUUGCCAGACGGAUAGCACGAGAUGUGAAAGAGCGUGGAAGAAGCGUAGACGGUAUCUUAGAACAGUACUUGAGGUAUGUGAAGCCAUCGUAUGACAACUUUGUUCGCCCAACAGCAGCCUAUGCGGAUAUAAUCGUUCCCGGUUCAAACAACAGUGUCGCUAUCGAGUUGAUCACGACGCAUAUUCGACGACAGCUGCAGGAGCGCUCGAACCGAUUCCGUGCAAAGAUGGCAAUUCCACAACGGCUACAUUCGCCUGGUGUAGUGACUCCGGAAACCAAGAUGGAGCAUCUCAAUUUAGACGUCCUCCGUUCGACGCCGCAGGUUCAAGGCAUCUUUACCAUCCUGCGGUCUGCGGACACCCUCCGUCAAGACUUCAUAUUCUUCGUCGAUCGUCUGUCUACGUUGCUAGUGGAAUAUGCAAUGUCGCUUCUACCUCAUGCACCGAAGACAGUGAUGACGCCUGUUGGGGUGUUGUCUCAAGGUAAGCAGCUGGAUGCAAAGUAUGUAUGCGGGGUGUGUAUUCAACGCUCGGGAGGCGCCCUCGAGCGAGGAUUUCGCAGAGUCAUCAAUAAUGUUCCCAUCGGAUCUUUGUUAGUACAGUCAGCCUUGAAGACCGGCGAACCCACACUGCUGCAAGUAAAGCUACCGUUGUACAUUCGACGCCGUGACCAGGCUUUGGAAACUUUCGUGUUUCUUUUGGAUGCGCAGAUCGGGACUGGUGCUGCAGCGUUUAUGGCCAUUCGGAUCCUUCUGGACCAUGGGAUACGACAGGAUCAUAUUAUUUUUGUGACAUUCUUGGUUGCCCGCGGCGGAGGAAUAUCAGUGCUUAGACGCGCAUUUCCCGAUGUCAAGAUCGUCUGUGGUGCCGUUGAUGAUGAAAUGGAAGAAGGUUGGUUAGACCUCAAUAAUGACACUGUCGAUGGAAAUCCGGCAAGUAGUGGUCGCCAGGUCUGGGUCAUGCGGCCGGGAAUGGGGCAAAUUGGUAUAGUUCUGUCGGCCGUCUUGAAAAAAAGACGCGUUCUGAUGCUAUCAUAUGUGGCAGGUGAUCGGUACUACUUGUAA